AUGUCCUUCCUCUUUGGUACUGGUCAUUCUUUUGACCCUGAAAAAGACAUUCCUGACCUAUCUGGGAAAAUUAUUCUGGUGACUGGGGGAAACAGCGGUCUCGGAAAAGAAUGUAUCAAACAGUUGGCGAAGCACAACCCCAAAAAAAUAUACAUGGGCGCCCGCAGCAUCAACAAAGCCCGUGAAGCGAUCCUUGAUAUCAAAAAAGAAGUUCCUUCCGCAGAAAUUGUCCUUCUUGAAAUGGACCUCGCCUCCUUCUCCUCCAUCAGCGUUGCAGCGGACGCAUUUCUGUCUGAAAAUGACCAUCUCGAUAUCCUAAUCAACAAUGCCGGAGUGUUUGCUUCCCCGCCAGGUUUGACCAAGGAUGGUUACGAGAUUCAAUUUGGCACGAACUACAUGGGCUCAGCACUGCUCACCAGACUGCUUCUACCGUUACUUGAAAAAACUGCUCGUAUCCCUAAGAAAGACGUUCGCAUCGUGAAUAUUAGCUCUGAGAUAUAUCGAUCGGCCCCGAAAGGGGGACUUCUUCUCAGUCAAGUGAAGACUCCCCUUACCAAAAUCAGUACUAUGGCCCGCUACGGUCAAUCGAAACUUGCCAACAUAUACUUCACACAAUCUUACGCCAAACGAUAUCCCAACAUCAAAUCAAUUGCACUACACCCAGGACUUGUUCGGACAAGCAUCGGUGAUGGAAUGACAGCAAACCCGAUCUUUUCUUUCAUCUUCAAUCAAUUCAACAGAGUGGCCGCGGUUGAUAUUCCCACAGGCACGCUGAACCAGCUGUGGGCAAGCACUGCCGACCCUACUAAAGUCAAGAGCGGUGCAUACUAUACCCCAUUCUUCAAGGAAGCAAACGGGACGGCAAUCAUGCGCGACAGUGGCAAAGCGGAGGAGCUAUGGCAAUGGACAGACCGUGAGUUUCGAGAGCAUGGCUUUUAA